UCCAAGAAAAGAAGCAUCUAAAGAGUUCUUGAGUACAACGUCUUAGAUAAGAAAAUGUCAGUCCCAUUAUAACCUCUGAAAACCAAACACACACACACACAUUAUAAAAUCUCUUCUUCUCUGACAUAUAAUGGGGAAAACAAGCAAGUGGAUUCGAAAUUUCUUAACCGGAAAAAAAGAGAGAACAAAAGAAAAGAUUAAUCAGAGCGAGUGUGGAUUCACUUCUACGACACCAGGAACUCCUAAAGAGAAACGUCGAUGGAGUUUUAGACGUUCUUCUGCCACUGCACCACCAGCUUGUGCUUCUACCCUCAAAGAUUCAUCUCCACUGCCUCAGCCGCCACCUCCUCCACCGCCACAACCAUUUGUGUUGGACAGCGAAGAUGAGCAGAGCAAGAACGUUUCAGCCGCAGAGAUUGCAAUUGAUGUUGAAGAAUUUGCAGCAGUGAAGAUUCAAGCUUGCUUUCGUUCUCAUUUGGCGAGGAAAGCAUUAAGAGCGUUAAAAGGGUUGGUGAAACUACAAGCACUUGUGAGAGGUCAUUUAGUAAGGAAACAAGCAACGGCUACACUUAGAUGUAUGCAAGCAUUGAUUACACUUCAAGCCAAAGCUCGAGAACAGAGGAUUCGUAUGAUCGGAGAUUCACCAACAAACACCACAAAUCUAAGAACAUCGAUUCAUAAAACCCGGAUCCAUAACAUUUACCACGAGAAUGAAGAAAACAUCAAGAUUGUGGAAAUGGACACUCAGUCUAAAUUUUACUCUUCAGCUCCUUCUGCUAUAACAGAUAUGAGUCCUCGAGCGUAUAGUAGCCAUUUCGAGGACUGUAACUCGUUCAACACAGCACAAAGCAGUCCUCAGUGUUCCAGAUUCAGAGAGUAUUACAAUGGAGAUUCUUUGUCUUCUUACGAUUACCCUCUCUUCCCAAAUUACAUGGCCAAUACUCAGUCUUCUAAAGCCAAGGCUCGGUCUCAGAGUGCGCCUAAGCAGAGACCUCCUGAGAUCUAUGAGAAGCAGCCUAGCGGGAGGAGAAGAUCUUCGAUGGAAGCACCGAGGAACGGUGUCCCCAGAGCUGUAAGGAUGCAGAGAUCUUCAUCUCAGUUAGGCAAAGAAAGUCAAAGUCAUCAUCAUCAUCAUCCGUGGAUGGCAAUUAAGCUCGAUAGAUCUAACAUUUCUCUUAUGGAGAGUGAAUGCGGAUCUACCAGUACAAUUAUGACCAACAGCAACUACGGCAGACAUGUUAAUGUGAGUCUGUAAACGUUACUUGUUUCCAAGAAAUAUUUUACUUGAGGUUAAUCUUAUGUUUAUUGCUCUCUCGUUCUUGUCUAUGUGUUGUUUUGUUUAUUUCUUUCUUUUUUUAGUUGUGUUGUUGAAGGCUCAGGGGAACAUGUACUGAAAAGUGUGAUUUAGAAACUAGUAAGUGAUUUGAUUGCUGGAAGAAAUAAGACAAACUUAGUAA